AUGGGGGAAGCAGAGAGCAGGGGAAUUGAAGCCAGCAGUGCUGUUAAAGACGACUUGUUCGUGAGCUUCUUUCGCGAAUCAUGGCCGUAUUUUCUGGCACACAGAAACAGCACCUUCGUUCUUCUAAUUUCUGCUGAAAUAGUUGAUAGCCCUCAUUUGGAUCCCAUUCUCAUGGAUAUUUCUUUGCUUCAUGGACUGGGAAUCAAGUUUGUUUUAGUUCCAGGGACCCAUGUCCAAAUCGACAAGCUUUUGUCUGAAAGAGGCCGUGAGCCCAAAUAUGAUGGUCGCUAUAGAAUCACAGACUUUGAUUCUCUCAAGGCUGCAAUGGAUGCAGCCGGGAGAAUUAGUAUUAUGAUUGAGUCAAAGUUAUCGCCUGGACCUUCCUUAAGCGGUGUCCGUAGACAUGGAGACAAUAGUCGGUUGUAUGACGGUGUUAGUGUUGCUAGUGGUAAUUUCCUAGCAGCUAAGAGAAGAGGUGUUGUUGAUGGAAUUGAUUACGCGUCAACUGGUGAAGUUAAGAAAAUAGAUCUUUCUCGCAUUCGUGAGAGGCUAGAUGAAGAUUGUAUAGUGCUUCUUAGCAAUCUCGGUUAUUCAAGUUCUGGAGAAGUAUUAAACUGCAACACAUAUGAAGUUGCUACAGCUUGUGCAAUGGCGCUUAGAGCUGAGAAACUUAUUUGCAUCAUAGAUGGACCAAUUCUGGACGAAUGUGGGCGUCUUAUUCGAUUCUUAACUCUUCAAGAUGCAGACAUGUUAAUUCGAAAGCGAGCUAAGCAAAGUGAGACGGCUGCUAAUUAUGUAGAAGCAGUUGAUCUGGAAGAUUUCAACGGUCUUGGAUAUAUUAACUCAAAUGGAACAGUCCCAUCGCAAAAAGAGGAGGCCUUUACUAAGAGGUAUACUCCAAUAUUUCAGAAUGGAGUAGGUUUUGAAAAUGGCAAUGGACUUUGGUCCAGUGAACAAGGUUUUGCUAUUGGAGGUCAAGAAAGGCUGAGUAGAUUAAAUGGUUACCUUACAGAAUUAGCUGCUGCUGCUUUUGUUUGCAGAGAAUUGUUUCAAAGAGAUGGGGUUGGCACAAUGGUGGCCAGCGAUCUUUAUGAAGGAACCCGAAUGGCCAGGGCAACAGAUAUUUCAGGAAUAAAACAACUUUUGCAACCUUUAGAAGAGUCUGGCACAUUGAUAAGGAGGACUGAGAAAGAGCUACUUGAAGCAUUGGAUUCAUGUAUAGUUGUCGAAAGGGAAGGUCAAAUCAUAGCUUGUGCUGCCCUUUUUCCUUUCUUUGAAGAGAAGAGCGGGGAGGUUGCUGCUAUUGCUGUUUCUCCUGAUUGUCGUGGCCAAGGACAGGGAGACAAGUUACUUGAUUACAUCGAAAAGAAGGCAUCUUCCCUUGGAUUGCAAAUGCUUUUCUUACUGACAACUCGCACAGCAGACUGGUUCGUAAGGCGUGGGUUUUCCGAGUGUUCCAUUGAAUACAUUCCUGAGGUGAGGAGGAGGAAGAUCGAUCUAUCUCGUAAAUCUAAAUAUUAUAUGAAGAAGCUACUACCUGAUAGGAGUGGUAUUUGGCUGAAUGGUAUUUAA